AUGGCCUCCCUACCAGACAAGGACGAAUUUAUCGCAUCUCUGUCACCAAGCAUAGAGGCUGUUGGCGAUUGCUCGAUCUGCUACGAGAAUGAACGGAACUUCAACACUUCCAUCAUCACCCCAUGCCGCCACAACUUCUGCGCCGAGUGCCUCAAGACGUGGCUCGAAACUAGUAAUACCUGCCCUUGCUGCCGCGCGGAGCUGUGUCAGAAAGAGCUCGAGGACUCCGACGACGAUGAAGACGAUGUGAUAGACGGAGAAGAUAGAAACGCAGCCGCCGAACGAGACGAACUGAUCCGACACGGCUUCGGAACUUUCAACUACCCAGAAGAGGCGUACGAACGGAUGCUUCAGAUCUUCCAAGACCACUUCGCUACUGCCACUGAUCCUUAUCAAGCGACUGUCCUACGUAUCUCGGUGGAGGACGGAGAUGAGAGGACAGUCGGCAUUCACGACUCCAUCAUAGCCCUGACAACGAGAAACGACUGGAUCUGGCAGGUAACAACAGCACCAACGUUCAUCGGACAGAGCAAUGUCUGCUUCGAUAUCCUCACGGUGAGUCAAACAUCCUGCCACCACAAUUUCUGCUGGCAUUGCAUCACUGAACGUUCCAAACUCAAAAACACUUGCCCGGCCUGUCGUGAGGUACUCUUUCAGCAGGAAGUAUCUGCAGCAGAAGACGAUUUUGAGGACAGUGACGACGAGGAAGUAGACUCGUACGGGGAGACAGCCAAGGACCGCAACGCAGCCCGCCGCUCCGGCUACGAUACCCACGACUAUACCCGAGAAGAAUACGAUCGACUGCUGCGUCUCUUUCAAGACCACAUCAAGAUCUCAUCCCAGCCCGAUGCUGCACAAGCACUAGUCAUUCCGUAUCAAGGACAAACGCCAUCCUGGGAAAGGGUAGAUAUUGCAGGCAUUGUCACUCAAACGAGCGAUGGGCGAUUUACUAUCGACGAGAAGCAAGUACGAUGCGUUAUAAGGCACAAAGCCAAAAUCGCGGGCCAGGACAUAUGGACGGCGAGGUUCGAGUAG